UUUGGCUUUCAUCAUCUUUUCCUGUGUCUGACUGUUACGCUUGUUGGUGAACGGGACACUGCCGCCAAACUGACAUGUUUUAACUUGCGGAGCGAACACAGCUCCGUUUAUCUGUUAGCAUGAAGCUAACGGGCUUUAGCUUCUUCUUCUGUUGUUCUGUGCAACUUUUCAGCAGCGUCAUGCUCCCUGCGUCAGGUAAGCCUGUACAGUCCGCCUCACCUGGCCGAGUAUCUGCAGCUGCAGGCACAGAUGUGAUCCUGCCGUGUGGCCUCACCUCGUCUUACUCCUCCUCUGGGGUCAGGGCGGUGGAGUGGUCUUGGGUGGACGGUCCGUCACCAGUCACGGUUCAUGUUGUCCGUGAUGGUGAAGAGCUGGUGAGGGAGAAAGCAGCAAAGUACCACAGGAGGACGGCCAUAUUGGAAGACGGUUCCUUGAAGUUAUUCGGUGUCCAACAGCGAGACAACGGCACCUACAGGUGUGGCCUUCUGAGAGGAUCGACUGUGGAGGACGUGUUUGUCUCUCUGCUUGUGGCUCAGGUGUCGGAGGUGUUCUUCUCUGUGAGGAGGUCUUCAGCCAAUCAGCUGCUGGUUCAGUGUGAGUCAAGCGGCUGGAGUCCGGAGCCUCUGGUGUCUCUGUUGGACUCCAGCAGGAACGUCCUCACUGCAAGGGUCGAGUCCUCAGUCGGACCGGACCUCCUCUACUCUGUCAGGGGACUUGUUACCACGGCAACAGCUGCUAAAGCGACAGGAACAGGAAAUGGAACCUUGAUCUGUAGAGUGGAAAUCCCUGGAACGAGCCUGGCCAACGAAAACAAGAUUCAUAUCACAGAUGAGUUCCAUCCUCCAGAGGAAGAACCCGGAUGUUACCUCAUGCUGCUGGUCGCCUUCUUGCUGGUGUUUGUCGUCACCGCUGUCGUGGUCUUUGUCGUUCCUCUGGGGAUGAUCAAGAAGCUGCGAUCUUCUGUGCAGCAUCUGACCGAGUUCUACUACGGACUGAUCAGACGGGAGACAGAGGGACAACAAGAGGAUCAGCCGCUUCUUGGAGAGUACGGAGACAUCAGCAGAGUGGACACAACAGGAGCUUCUGAACACCUAGCAAGAGCCAACGAGUCGCUGUGCAGAGGAGUUUCUGGAGUUAAAGCCUCCCAGAGGCUGGCAGAGAGAGAUCUGCAGGAAAUGCUGAAGUACAAAGAGACGAUCAGCAACGUGGGAAACAAACUUGGUGUCCACCCCGCUUUGAUCGCCGCCAUCAUCUCCAGACAGUCUCAGGCUGGAACCUCCCUGAGACCCGACGGCUACGGAAAGAGCGACCACAACUGCUUCGGCCUCAUGCAGAUCAAUAAGCAUUACCACGCAGUGAAAGGAAACGCGUUCAGUGUGGAUCACGUGGAUCAGGGAGUCACCUACUUCAUCCAGCUCAUAAAGACCAUGCAGAGGACGAAGCCGGACUGGAGCAAAGAGCAGCAGCUCAAAGGUGCGUUGGCGUGUUACAUCUCAGGUGAGGAGCGAGUCAUCCCUCUGUCAUAUGACGAGGUGGACAGUGUGACGCCAUACGGAGACUUCGCCAACGAUGUGGUUGCCAGAGCGCAGUGGUUCUUCCACAACGGUUUCUGAGUGUGAGAACACUUCCUGUUUCUUCUUGGUGUUUAAGGAGCGUUUCUUCCUUCAGACUCACCUGCAGCUCGUACGCAUUGCUUGUGUUAGGUUUCAGACUGUCAUCCACCUGAACGAGUCUGAGCUCAGUUUUACUUUGAUGUUACAUUUACAGUGUUUAAGACACCGACAGUGUUUAUGUUUACAAGUGGUUUUAAAUGUUUAAAUGUAGUUUGCACCUCUGAACUGUUUUUGUGUCUGCCCCGCUGAUAGCUGAGGCUGAUUUGUGCGUCCAUCUGUCCGUCCCAUUCUCAUGACCGUGAUAACUUCAAGAAUGCCAUGGGGGAAUUUCUAUAAAUUUGGCACAAACAUUCACUUGGACUCUGAUGAACUGGUUAGAUUCUGGUGGUCAAAGGUCAACAGUCAAGGUCACAGUGACGUCAAUCUGGAAAUCCAUCGGUAAAAAAAAAUGAAAAUAAAAAUAAAAUAAAUUAAUAUUUUUUUUCUUCCUUUACCUCUGGAGGCACAGCCCGGAGUAUUUCGACUGACCGGAAGAGCAGGGGCCUCACGCCCUUCACUUCCAGCGGUGCCCCCGGGGAAUCGCCGUGUUUACAAAUACUUCGGGUAGAAAACCAGCAGAGUUUAGCUAUAUAUCACAUUUUUCACGUCACUAUAUCACCAUGUAGACUAAUCUGAUGUUUGUUAAGUCUAUAAACACAAUGACUGAACAAACGUUACUAUUUCUGUGUGCACGUAAUUGAUAUGGUUAUCGUAAAUUAGCUCGGCUAACCGUUAGCUGUUAACGUUAGCUGUUAGCAUGAUCUAUAACCAUAGACUAUAAAAAUAAGGUAAUAACUCAAUAAACGGUCCGUGAUUAA